UCUUCAUUCACCGGCGGAAUCAUGGCGGCGCGUUACGAACUGGAGGUCACGGUUUCCUCCGCCAAAAACCUCAAAAACGUCAACUGGCGGCACGGCCCUCUCAAACCCUACGCCAUCGUCUGGGUUGACCCCAAAAACAAAUGUUCUACACCGGUAGAUGAAGAAGGCGAUGAAUCGCCGGUCUGGGAUCAAAAACUCGUCAUCGCUCUUAACGAUCCCAUCGAGGAAUCCACCCUCUACAUCGACAUCGUUCAUGCCAAUGCGGCGGAGGACACCAAGCCCUUAAUCGGCUCCGCCAAGCUCAGACUGAAGGACGUCGUUGAUGAGGUCGGAAUCGGUGAGUGUUUUGCAGAUGGUUUAAAGCUUAAACGUCCUUCCGGCCGUCCCCAGGGGAAGGUGGAAGUGAAAGUAUAUAUCAGGGAACCACGCUAUCGUGCGCCGGAUCCUUACUACGCACCUCCAUACGGUGUUCCCCCACCGCAACACCCUGCUCCGCCACCCUAUCCCUACGCGGCACCGGCACCCUAUGGUGGGAAUUAUCCUUAUUCUGCACCGCCGUCAGGGUAUCCAUAUUCACCUUACGCUGCUCCUCCUCCUCCUCAAUACGGGCAAACUUAUGUGCAGCCUGCUUACGGCGGUCAACCGGCGUACAGCGGUCAACCAUCGUAUGGCGGGUACAGGGAGGAAAAAAAGAGCAAGUACGGAAUGGGGACUGGACUGGCGGUUGGUGCGGCGGCGGGACUGUUGGGUGGGCUGGCGAUAGCGGAAGGAAUUGAUCAUGUGGAAGAUGAGAUCGCCGAAGAUGCCGCCGAUAAGGUUGAAGAAGAUCUCGGUUACGACGUCGACGAUGAUUAGACCCUUUUCCUUCUUUUUUUCUUUUUCAUAAGAAAUGAAAAAUGCUGCUUUAAUGGGUUUCUAAUAAUAAAUAAUACGAAACUUGU